GCCAAUUCAGUUGCAAUUAUCACCAUGAAGCUGCUUAUCUUCCUCGCUGCCAGCCUCACCGCCGCGCAUGCCGGCACCGUGGAUCCCGCCCUGCUCGACCCUGUUGAACACAAGGGCGAAACCGAAGCCAUCCUCGAACUUCCCCAAAUUAUGGGGCAAGUCGAAGCCAACCAGGCUCUCCAAUCACUCACCGGUGACGCUAAAGUAUCCGCCCUCAUCACUACCUUGAAGGGACUCACUUCCGCUGCCCAGGCUCCUUUCAUUUCUAUCGCAGCGUCCCUUGGUCUGACCACCGAACCCUAUUGGGCCUCCAACAUUAUUCUGGUCAAGGGUCUAACCCCUGAUAAACUAGCUUCACUAGCCUCCACACCGGGCGAAUUCACCCUUCGCGCCCAAAACAUCGCCACAAUUCCACCGCAAGAAACAGGGGCCGAAUUCAACGCUGACAUGAACCAAAAUACGCCGCAGUUAGGAGUUGCCCAAAUCCGUGCUCCUGUCGCAUGGGCGAAUAAUAUUACUGGCGAAGGCGUUGUUGUCGGCAUUAUUGACACCGGCGUUAACAACGCUCACGUGGCUUUUAACCAAAGCUUUGCCGGUGUUUGGUUAGACCCCUACUACAACCGGCCGGGCCCAUCUGACCAGCAAGGUCACGGUACCCGAUGCGCGGGAAUCAUUUUUGGACGUGAAAACGGUGUCGGUGUCGCGCCUGGAGCGCGAUACGUCGCUUGUAGUGGACUGAAUCAUCAAGGAUCCGGACCAGAAGCUGUGAUCAUAAGAUGCGCGCAAUAUUUGAUGACGGAAACUCCACGUCCGCACAUAAUUAAUAAUUCAUGGGGCGGUGGGUCGAACAACACGUGGUUCAACGCAGCUAUCUCUGCGUGGCGAAAUGCAGGAAUCAUCCCAGUGUUUCCGGUUGGAUCUUGGGCCAGUUCUGCUACCUGUAGAUCAGCCAUUUCCCCCGGGGAUCAACCAAACGUGAUCUCGGUCGGAGCCACGACCGAAAUUGAUGCCCGGUCAAUUGACUCGGCUCGAGGACCAAGCCUUGACGGACUUCUUAAACCAGAAGUCUCCGCUCCAGGAAGCAACAUUGUCUCUUGUGGGGUGGGAGCUAAUGAUUAUGUUGUCGCGUCUGACGUCACAUUGGCUGGCCCCCACGUGUCUGGAGCUAUUGCCCUUAUCCUUUCGGCUCACCCAACCUGGAUAUUCGACGAAAUUUACAACGCCCUCGCCAAAUCCGCGGCUCAUCCAACUCUUUCGAGCGAGGACAGAACGUGUGGAUUUCCGGGGCCACAUGACUACCCCAAUUAUUCCUUUGGUUAUGGACGUAUCGACGUUGCGGCGGCUCUUGGUCUCUAAAUUGGUCCUGCAUCAUGGUUUCAAUUAAAACCCUAUUUUUGUUCCAACUGUAAAUUGUAUUGAACAUGCUGUGUUACAAAAACAAUAUUAUAUUUUAAAAUUGUACACUCAAUAAAUUGCUCUUGGUCAGUU